AUGCCCCGUGAGCUGCGCACGCUGGUGGCCGCCUCCUUCGACGUGUUCGCGCGCGUGCAGACGCAGAAGCUCGGCGCGUUCGGCGUCGCGCGCGCCAGUCGCGAGUACCGCGAGGCGCUCAAGACGUGCAUCUUCGCGCUGGAGGACCGUCUGGAGACGCACAAGGAGCUGAACGUGGAGGACGAGGGCGAGUUCCUGGACCUGCUCAAGGUGUCACUGGCUAUCUGGCACCUGUGCGAGCUGCUGCUGCUCCGUGGUGGAGCAAGAGGAGCCGACUCUGGCCUGGCCUACGACCUCGCGCUGUGGCUGCAGGAACACUACUGCAGCACGCUGCUUGAGAAGACGGAGGGCGAGAGCGAGAGACUCAAGAAGCUGCAGAAGCCAGAGCAGGACGCUGAUUUCUGGACGACCAUCCAGGCGCUCGUGAUGGCGGGCAGUGGUCCCAGCGCGUGGGCUCUGUUGGCCGCGCACUCGAGCUACAAGUCGCUUUUCGCCCGUGACACCAUGUCGCUGACCGGCGCGUCCACGAAGGCAGCAUUUCAGGCAGUGCAGAAGCUGCUGCUGACGAUGCCCGGCAGUGCAGGAGCUGCGGGGAUGAGCGUGGAACGGGAUGCGGCUACGGAGUGGAAGAACUGGCACGACGCCUGUCAGCUAUUGCUGAAUACGGAUGGAUACAUUAAGGCGAAUGCAGGAUUUACGACGCUGUUGGAGAUUAUGGCGGCGAAGGAGGUCGCGCUCAAGAGCCGAGCUAACACUUGGUAUGAAUUGAUGAUGGCGAAGCUGUUCCUGGAUGAGCCUAAGACCAUUGCGCACCGUUUCGAGUACUUGAUGGCCAACUGCUUCCGCGCGUACCACAGCGACGAGGCUAGUAUGGGUAACUUUGACUGCAUUAUCCUGGCCAUUAUGCAGUAUGACAUUCAAACAGCGCUUCAGGAUAUUAUCGCACUGGGAUUCUCGUGGAUGGCCGCGCAUCUCUCGGACCUGCUGCAGAGAAACAUUGUCAUCGUGGCUGAUGAGGUGUUGCCGGAAGCCGGAUGCACGUUGAAGGAACAUUUCUUGUUGCAGUACGCCAUGGAGAUUGGCGCGAGCAGUGGCAUGUGGCAGUUUGCUGUGCGAUACUAUGAGUACUGCCCCAAGUUUGGAGCAAUUGCGAUUCGCUCCGCUUUAGAGCGCGAACCAACGCCGACGGACUACAAAACUGAACGCCUUCUCGCGUACUGUCAUGGCAAGAAGCUCCUUGCAACGACUCAGCGUCGUGUUGCUAUCCAGAGAGCGCAGGAGUGUAAAGCCAAGGAGGAGUACGCAUCAGCUCUUCACUGGAUGUUGCGCGGCAACCACCUUGAUGAUGUGGAUGCUUUGUGCGAUGAUAUUUUGAAACAGUGCAACGAAACAAACUCGCUAGCGCCUCUGCACGAGGCGGUGCAGUUCAUGGAAGCUCACCCCGAGUUUGCUCGUCCGCAAAAGUUGGCGUGGCUGGUUCGGUACCGCGAAUUCCACCUGGUUCUCGACGACAGCGAGUCUUUGCGGCAGCAGCUGAGGAGUGAUGAAGCUUUGAACAACAAGGAAGUGCGUGCGAGUUUGGAAACGAAGCUUCGCUUCGUCAACAUGGAAGCUGCGAAGCGACUUGACUGGCUAUUUAGUUCUCCUGAGGCUCCUAAGGUGCUGCGGUCUGAAGUACUCCAGCAAGCUGAACGGUUACUGAAGGAGUCUCCGUCCGUGUUUGGAUCGCGACACCUCUACUCUCUUAUGGCGUACCUGCAGCAACUGGACCGCUCUUUUGACCGUCAACAAUUUUACGAGUCGGGCUCGAACAAGCAACUGAAAGAACGCAUCGAAAGUUUGAUUUCUCGAAACCUGGCCGAAGCAAUGCUGCAAGAAGCAAGUGCAAGCGGAUAUGGCGCUUCUUCCGCGGGGGGUCCCCCACGUCUUCAAUCAAAAUCUGCGCUGAUUGCUCAGCAACCUUAUUUGAUCGCAGAUGCGUCUUUUACGCCGAUGGAAGAGUAG